AUGCUAUUGAUGGUGUAUUUCCGGUGUUUAAUUUCACGUGUCUGGAAGUACUGAUGCUGUCAUAUCUGGUGUUAGUGUUCACACAAUGAAGUGGUCCCACAUCGUUCUCAUCCUCACAGCCUUCGUCGCAGGGCUGAGGGGUGAUACUCUACCAACAGACGAUGAAGAUGGGCCGGAUGAACUUCAGAGUUCCGGAUCAGGUCAAGGUGAAGUUCCAGAAGAAAGCGGCGGAGAUAUUGGCUGGCUGUUCUACUUCAUGAUAUGCUCCGGGAUUGCAGCUGGCAUAGUUAUCGUGGUCGCUAUCAUUGUCCUUAUCCACAGAUUAAGAAGAACACAGGAAUCCCGAACGCAGAAACCUGUGGCUGAAAAACAGAAAAGUAGCAAAGAACACGUGUAAUUUUAAACGGCCGGACUGAACGGUCAGCACAUCAUGAUCCUGGAUUCGACGCAUGGAGGCUGCGAAUGAUCAUUAAUUACCAGAAAUAGGAUGAGGGCAUUUUGACAAUAACACUCUUCCAAUGUUA